GGAUCUGUAGACUACCAGCUUAGGCGCAUCCAACACUGAGAGCAACGUCUGCUAUGUAUCGACGUUUUCGUUCCAUUUCGCAACAUGUGCAGAGAUGUUGUGGGAUUUCAUGGCGUUACUACGGAGCAGGCACUGGACCAACUACUAAACUCUUCAUCAAUGGUGACUUUGUUGAGUCGAAGACGAAAGAGUGGAUUGAUGUACACAAUCCGGCUACCAAUGAGGUCGUUACUCGAGUUCCAUGCACUACAAAGGAUGAGAUGGAGUUGGCUGUUUCAGCAGCAAAAGAGUCAUUCAAAAGUUGGAGUGAUACGUCUAUAUUGACACGACAACAAAUCAUGUUCAAGCUUCAAAAUCUUAUUCGAUCAAACAUGGGUGAGUUGGCCAAAUCUAUAACUUUGGAACAGGGCAAGACACUACCUGAUGCAGAGGGUGACGUACUACGUGGUCUACAGGUAGUUGAGCAUGCUUGCUCGAUCACAUCAUUGCAACUUGGAGAAACAUUACCGUCAGUGAGCAAAGACAUGGACACAAUCUCGUACAGAGUUCCACUAGGUGUGUGUGCAGGAAUCACUCCGUUCAACUUUCCUGCCAUGAUUCCUUUGUGGAUGUUUCCAUUGGGUCUGGUUUGUGGCAACACGUUUAUAUUGAAACCAUCAGAACGUGAUCCGGGUGCAUGUAUGAUCCUGUGUGAGAUGGCAAGAGAAGCAGGCGUUCCUGCUGGUGUCCUCAAUGUCAUACAUGGAUCACGAGAUGCUGUCAACUUUAUAUGUGAUGCUCCUGACAUUAGAGCAAUUUCUUUUGUUGGAUCCAACACGGCAGGGGAGUAUAUCUAUGAGAGAGGAUCAAGAAAUGGGAAGAGAGUACAAGCUAACAUGGGUGCUAAGAAUCAUGGUGUUGUGAUGCCUGAUGCAAACAAGGAGCAUACUUUGAACCAGUUGGUUGGUGCUGCUUUUGGUGCAGCUGGUCAACGUUGCAUGGCACUUUCAACUGCUGUGUUUGUGGGAGAAUCAAAGAACUGGAUGUCAGAUUUGAUAGAGAGAGCAAAAAAGCUGAAAGUGAAUGCUGGUGAUCAACCUGGUGCUGACAUGGGUCCUCUUAUUACUCCUGAAGCCAAGCAAAGAGUGUGUGAGCUUGUACAAAGUGGAGUAGACCAAGGAGCUAAGUUGGAGUUGGAUGGUCGAGAUAUUGUUGUUCCAGGAUUUGAAAAAGGCAAUUUUGUCGGACCCACAGUCUUGGCUGAUGUCAAACCUGACAUGCGUUGCUACACUGAAGAGAUAUUUGGUCCAGUACUUGUUGCUUUGUCAGUUGACACUUUGGAUGAGGCUGUGGAAUUGAUCAAUAAUAACCCUUACGGCAAUGGCACAGCCAUCUUUACUACAAGUGGUGCUACUGCCAGGAAAUUCCAGAACGAUAUCGAUGUUGGACAAGUUGGUAUUAAUGUUCCUAUUCCUGUACCUCUUCCUAUGUUUUCUUUUACUGGUUCAAGGGCUUCAUUUCGGGGAGACGCAAACUUCUAUGGAAAACAGGGUAUUAACUUCUAUACACAAGUCAAAACAAUCACCCAGUUGUGGCGAACAGAAGAUGUUACUCACUCCAAAGCUGCUACAGUCAUGCCCACUAUGAGAUAAAGCGGCCUUGUGAAGCAGACUGACACUGGACGAUACUGAGGUAGUACUAUCAAGGCACUGCUUUUUCGUGAUGAAUUCAAUUGUACUGUGCUAUGUACUAGAGAUUGACUUGAUUUGUGGGUAACCUCAAUAAUCUGAUCAUUGUAUUGCC